CACAAGUACGUUUGCGGCGUAGGUAGUUGGUAAAAGAAGAGAAAGAAGUGAGUUUUGAAAGAAUGGCUUCUGGCAUGAAUCGACCAUAUCCAGCUGCACCACCUCCACCUCAGCCUGGACCUGGAGUUGCACCUGUUGUACCAGGUCCUGUUCCUUAUCCCAUGGCCCCACCUCCACCCCAAGGCCUAUCUGGAGCACCCCAACCAGCACCUCCACCUUCAUCAACUGGUAUACCUCAGCCAAUGGGUCCUGGGCCAACACCUAGCCCUCAUGGUGGUCCGGCAAUGAGACCUCCUGAACGACCAAUACCCAUGCAGCAUGCCCCACCACCUCCAGUAAGACAGUAUGGCUCCCCAGCUCAAGGUUUUCAGCAUGUCCCUCAACGUCCAGGAUAUCCACCUGCUCCAGGAAUGGGAAUGCAGAGUGGUCCUCCACCACCACCAACUCGCCCACAGUCAAUGCCUUCACACAUGAACCAAGGAAUGCCACCUCCUCAUCCUUAUCCUCCAGGAAGAAUACCUCACCAAGGAUCGGUGGUAAUAGAUUCAUCUCGAAAACGUUCAGCUGGAGAAAGGGGACAAGAAAAUAGAAGUCAGGGCCCUCCAGCUUCUGAAAGUGGACCAGUCACAUCUACUCCAUCAGUUGUUGGAGGAAGUACCGUAGGUGGUGGAAGUGGAGGGUCUAGUGGCAGCAGCAAAAAGAAAAAAAAGCUAGCAGACAAGAUUCUUCCACAAAAAGUCCGAGAUCUAGUCCCAGAAUCUCAGGCCUACAUGGAUCUCCUGGCUUUUGAAAGGAAGCUGGACUUCACUAUUAUGAGGAAGCGCUUAGAUAUUCAAGAAGCUCUCAAACGACCCAUGAAGCAAAAACGAAAGCUGCGAAUAUUCAUUUCCAACACAUUCUAUCCUGGAAAACCUGAAGGAGAAUGCGGCGAAGAACCCACUGUCCCAUCUUGGGAACUUCGAGUUGAAGGUCGUCUCCUUGAUGAUCCAAGUGUUCCAAAGUCUGAUCAAAAACAAGUGAAGCGGAAAUUUUCUUCUUUUUUCAAGAGCUUGGUUAUUGAGUUAGACAAAGAACUGUAUGGACCAGAUAAUCAUUUAGUAGAGUGGCAUCGUACUCCAACAACAACAGAAACAGAUGGGUUCCAAGUAAAGCGUCCAGGAGAUAAAAAUGUUCGCUGCACCAUCUUGUUAUUGCUAGAUUAUCAACCUCUACAGUUUAAGUUGGACCCUCGACUAGCCAGACUUCUGGGUAUUCACACUCAGACACGGCCAGUUAUUAUUAAUGCUCUGUGGCAGUAUAUCAAAUCUCACAAGUUGCAAGAUGCUCAUGAACGAGAGUAUAUCAAUUGUGACAAGUAUCUAGAACAGAUCUUCCAGUGUUCAAGACUUAAGUUUGCAGAAAUUCCUCAGCGUUUGCAUCAACUUCUACACCCUCCAGAACCCAUUGUUAUCAACCAUGUCAUCAGUGUGGAAGGACCAGAUACUAAGAAAACAUCUUGUUAUGAUAUUGAUGUAGAAGUGGAUGAUUCCCUCAAAAGUCAGAUUAACAACUUUCUCCUGUCCACAGCUAGUCAACAGGAGAUCCAAGGACUAGAUAACAAGAUUCAUGAAACGGUGGAAACUAUCAACCAGCUGAAGACCAAUAGAGAGUUCUUUCUUAGCUUUGCAAAAGAUCCACAACAGUUUAUCAACAAAUGGCUGAUUUCACAGACUAGAGAUUUAAAGACUAUGACAGAUGUGGUUGGUAACCCUGAAGAGGAACGAAGAUCUGACUUUUACUACCAACCCUGGGCUCAGGAAGCUGUGUGCAGGUACUUCUAUGGAAAGGUGCAACAACGUAGAGCAGAGCUGGAACAAGCCUUGGGAAUUCGUAACACAUAACUGGUUCUAAUUAUACUUUUCCAGCAAAACUUUACUUGAUAACUUGGGAAAUGAUGAAUACCGAGUUUUUGUUCUGUCUAAGUAUACAUGCAUAUUUAGUGUAACAUGAUGUAUUAUGUUCAUUAAAUGAAAUUAGGAACAUAAUUCUCUGUUCUUGUGAUUAACUGUGGUCCGUAAUAUUUAGGUUGUGUUACAUGUUCUACUAUCCUUACCACUGUCAUCAAGGUUGUUAGCCAAUUAUAUUUUAUUUUAAUAAACAUUUAAGCUCAGUGUGUAUAUUUCUAUCUUAUAUGUGUACAAUAAGAAACAGUUUAUUAUACAUGAUAAGCCAUAGCAAUCCCUCCUACUCAUAAGAUUGCUAAAGGUACUAACCAAGUUGUAUGUAUUUUUUGUACCUUUAUAAAAGGAUUUUCGGCAUGCAUGUACUCCUAUUAACAGCAGUACACACUUUGAAUAUUUGUAAUAUUACACUGAUUCAGUGAUCGUGUAAGUACAGUGUAAUCAUAAAGGAAGACUUAUUGUUUUA